GGCCUUAAUUCGGUAGACUUCAUGCUGGAAAGGAAGGGUUCCUCGCAAGGUUGACAGGAUCAUUAUUUCCUGCCGGAUGUUAAUGGUGCACUCUGGGGCAAAUCAACGCAGGGAUAAACAUAUUAACCCGCUUUCCAAGGCACGCAGGGGCAGUCGUCUAACUCUAACACAGGGUCCACGUCAGUCUCGGCGCCCCUGACCUGAAGUAGGGGAAGUCACUCGCAGGUGAUACGGCAACAGGCUGCCACCAUGUUCAGCUAAGGAAACAUAUAUCUGUGUGUUAUUUCGAGGUUUACACCUUUUUUCCCAGUUCACAUUACACCGAGACGUGCCUUGAAAUAUUCAGUGACGGAAAAUGACUCCACUCACCUAAGUCUUGAAGACCUACCUGCUGACAGUCGCAGUGACACAGAGAUCUGAACUUUUAUACUUGCACACUUCCCUAAAACAUCAGGAGUUUGGUGAAAGUUAUCACAGAACUUGCUCACUAUGAGCAGACAGCCUAGCAGCUCUGAUGAAGUGUAUCCGUUGUCAUCAGUACUGGGACCAAGACCAAAUGAUGCUGCAAACAAGCCUUGGUGGGGACCUCCACCCAGUCGUAAUGGGCGAACAUUUGACAGUGAAGAAAGAGAGCGAUUUCUGUCACCUGUCAAGUUGGAUCCUGGUUGGGAAGGAAUGGAUAGACCUGUGGAUGAACUUAACUUCCGUAGACAUGAUCCCUUGGAUGAACUGGAAAGAACUACACCAAGGGACAGAUGGAACCUGGUCUACGUCAUCUUAUUAAUCCAUGGUAUAGGUGUUCUCAUGCCUUGGAACAUGUUCAUCACGGCAAAGUCUUAUUUUGAAGACUACAAGUUGACUAAUGGGACACAAACAAGCCCAGAAGUCGGGGAAUACAGAAAGAACUUUAUGAGUUACCUGGGCAUGGCAUCACAGUUUCCCAAUGCACUUAUGAGUGUAUUAAAUGUUUUUGUUCAAUGCGGUGGCAAGCCAGGGACUCGAAUUAUUGGCAGCAUUCUGGUCAUGGUCUUGGUUUUUGUCUUAACAGUAGUACUGGCAAUGCUUGACUCCAGCUCUUGGCAAGAAAUUUUUUUUUGGAUAACAAUGGGAUCAGCAGUUGUACUGAACAGUGCUGGUGGUGUGUACCAGAACACCAUUUAUGGUGUUUCUGCAAUUCUGCCUAUGAAGUAUACCAAUGCUGUGAUCUUUGGAACUAAUUUCUCAGGAACUUUGGUGGCUUGCAUCAGUAUUCUUGCAAUUGCAUUGGCACCAGACAUCAAGACAUCUGCCAUUUACUACUUUGUCACUGCCAUUGUAAUCCUGCUUAUUGCAUUUGACACCUACUUCAUCUUGCCACUAACAAAAUUUUACCGACAUUACAAAAAAAUAGAGCUGCUGAAGAGGCAGCGAUCACACAAGCAUGCUUCAAAACAGACUUGUGCAGCACAGUUACGUAACUAUUGGAAAAUCUUCAAGAAUAUCUGGGUGAUGGCUCUGAGCAUCUGGUUUACGUUCUUCGUGACCCUUGCCCUGUUUCCACAGAUCCAAAGCGACAUUGAGCAGAUAAGCUUUCCAAUUGACGAAACAUACUGGACCCCUGUUUUUUGCUACCUGAGCUUCAGUUUUUUUGCUAUGUCUGGCAACCUAUUAACAGAAUGGAUCCGUGUGCCUGGUCCACGGUUUGUUUGGCUUCCAGUCUUGUUAAGAGCAGCAUUCAUCCCUAUUUUCCUUUUGUGUAACUUCCGCCCUGAGGAACGAGGAUGGCCAGUGCUCAUCAGCAAUGACAUUGCAUACAUUGUAGCUAGCAUACUGAUGGCAUUCACCAGUGGCUACUUCAGUAGCCUUUGUAUGAUGUAUGGCCCUAAGAAUGUGGAGGGACAGGAUGCAGGUGCAGCAGGGAUGAUGAUGGCUCUGUUCCUGGCGCUAGGCAUUGUGUGUGGUAUUAACAUGUCCCGCUUGCUUGUUUGGCUUGUUGAUAUCAAGUUCUGAGGCUGUCAUUCUUGCUGACUGGACUUGAAGACUGAGCAUUUUAUCUUGACAGAAAGUGUCUUCACACAGCUGAUCAGUUUUUACCCCCCACCCCUACCCCACCCCAGGAGGUGGGACUUAAAAUUUAAAGUGCAAUGGUGGUGGACAUGUUUAAAACCAUCCAACAUUGCACAUUUGAAGUCUUGUCAGCCUUGGCACUGUAUAGGUUCUAGUUUGGAAAACUCAGUUCUUGAAAAUGGCCUUCUUGAGUAUCCCUGAUAUUUUAUGUAUGUGUAGCUUUGGUUAGAACAUUUGUUGACAGAAAUAUCAUGUCUCAAAUUUAUCACUUGGCUUUCAGCAUUCAGUAUUAUCAAAACAGGAAAUUUGUUAUAAAACAAGAUUUCUGCAGCAUUCAUAAGCUUGGCUUUUUGCUUCAAAUAUUUCUUAUGCCUGUAUUUGUAAGUGUUUAGCAAAGAGAUAACUCCAGUACUUAACUGAAGUUUGCUAAAAUAAAAAAGUUGCAGCAUUAAAUAUAAUUUUGACCAGUGUAAAAUGGUGUCGUUAUGAGGUGGAGAACACGUUAAAGUCAUUGUUCUAAAUAGUGCUGAUGCUACACAAGACAUCCAGUGAGGUUGGGGUUAAGGCUAUAGCCGCUAUUCAUUCCUGACCACAACAUAAUAAUAAAUGCACAAGAACCUCAGAAAAAUCUAGCUUUGUGUUACAAGAUGGUGUGGUGUUUAUUUUUAUAAGUUACACUGCAGAUAAGUGCAUUUUUCUCUCUUAUGCAGAGUUUUUGUAUCCACUUCAAAUGUCAUCUUGUCAUAGUGCACCACACAUUGGCUGUUUUACUUAUGUGUUAUAUUUACCAUCAAACACAUUUCUGCUGCUUUUUUAGCAUCGGAUCAUCACACCGUGUAGUUCUGCAGACUCAUUUUUACGAGGUGAUCAGUCUUCAAAGUCUCAAAGUCUGGCAGGAAACUGUUUAUGACUGGUAACUCUGUAGAAGCAAAUCUGCAGUCAUCUCUCAUUGUUGACUAUUUUUUAUGAUAUUUACUUGCUUUAGCUGAAUGUCAUCAACUGAAACAAUUGUCAACUGCAAUUAGUUUAUACAUGAACAUGCCAUAGUGCAUUAGUUUGUAAGACAGACAUUUAUAAAAGUUGAGAAAAUCCAAACAUGCAAAUAGGCAUCUGCAAAAUAUUUUAUUAUAAAAUAAGCAGGGUUUUUUUGUCAAAAGGUCAGAACUGAAAAAUGUCUUUUUAAAUGGCAAACUUGGAAAUUUUCCUCCAAUACUUUCACUUUUAUUCUGUUUUAUUUUAAAUUAAGAUUUUUCUUUGAUGAGGUUUUUGGUGUAUAGAUGGCUAGAAGCUUGUGUCCGUGGUUUUAAGGAAAAAAGCUCAGAUAUGCUUCUGUUUGACUUGAAAAUAGACAUGACAAAAAUUUUCUGUGGUGAUGUGUAUGAUAAUGUGUAUUUGAUGCAUACAAUUGUAUAUGAUGAUGUGUAUAGGCUACAUGUGGACAUGCCUACACGAGAGUGUUGUCAUGGGGCUGAAAUGCAAGGAGUGGGGAAAAUGUAUAAGAUUGCUGUUUUCUUGUUGGCAGCACAAAACAGUUUUUACUAUCAUAGAAGCUCAAUAUCUUUGCAUGUGGAUAAGGGUGCAGAUGUAUGUGGUUUAUGAAUUUCAUUGCAGAGAAUUUAUAUUUCUGAAAUGGCAUCCCCUUUUCACCAGUUAACACAUUCCAUAAAAUAAUCUGCCUAACAUAACCAGAGAGUUUUUCAGUUCACCAUAGUGGCAUUCAAAUUUCUUGAUAUUGCAAACAUGAGCUACAUUUAUAUAAACUGUGUAUCUUUUCCUUUGUCUCACUCGCUUCUUGAGUUGAAUCGAAUGCAUUUAUCAAAUGUUUGACAGGGAAUGGAACCGAUAGGGAUUAUUGACUGAAGCCCAGAAAAGUCUGGUAUCACUGUUUAUGCUAUUUUCUAAAUGUACUUUCUAAAUAAUACAGUUUUUAUAACAGUGAUCUAUAAACUGUAUUAUAUAUAAAAAGUUUUGGACAUGAAGUCUCUGUUGAUUGUUUUGAUUUUUUUUUUUCAAAAUCAUAGAAUUCUUCAAGAAUUUUGAUGAUUUUGUUUGGCACUUUCCUAGGAUAGUAAAGUGGAUUAGAGAGACAAACGCUCAUCAUGUCAGGAUGCCAAGCUACCAAACACUUGUUUGUGGACUUGACAUAACAAACCUCCCUGGUUUCUAUUAAAACAGACAAAAAAAAAAACUACAUUGUGUGGCCAAUCGUGGUGUAACAAGAGGUCCACAUUUUGGAAUCUUGUAACUUACUGUUUGUAUACAGUGCAAUAAGUGAAACUCACCACUACAUCAAUUUGAUGAACAAGUUUUCUUUAGACAAUGCAGGAUACUUUCAAAGUCUGAAAUUAGAAUGGCACAUUAUCCUUUUACAGGGAAAUACAGGGAGACACCCAUAAGUAAUUUCUAAAAUCCCUCAAAAGACCAUUAAAUAAAACCACUAUUAUAUUUAUCGAAAAGGUGCUAUUUUUUGUGAGAGAUUUUACUGCUGCCACAAUUUAAUGAUAAUACUAGUUCAUCUUCAACAUUCAAAAAUGUAGAACCUCUGUUUGAUAUUGUCCUUGUUCUAGAGAAAUUUCGUGCACAAUAGCCAAAAUAUAUUUAUUGUUGCAUUUUAUGUUCUUUUUAUUGUAAAUUAUGUUUUGUGAGAAGUGUACUAUAACAUGUUCAUUUUAAAAUAUGUUUAUAAUUAUAACUAUUUUAAGAAAGUUUCCUGUUUGCUUUUUUGCUUGUGGCUUUCUGUUAAUAGCGUGUUUGUUUCUUAACCUCUUGAAUAUACAGAUUUUGAAAAAGUGUGCAAGCCUCACUGUUCCCAGACCCUACAGCCAGACACAGUUACUUCCAUUUGCUCUUUUGCUGAUUGAUUGAGUUUAUUGUAAAGUAGUGAUCAGUUGUGAUGCUCUGGAGGAUUUCCUUUAGAACCCAAUCUUUUGCAUAGAAUGUAAUUUUUUUUUUUAUUGGAACACUUGUUGAAUUUUUAUUUUACUCACAGUGAAAAUAAUGUACUGUAGUUUAGAAACUAUUGGUUCAUCUGUUGUAACAUGGUACAUCUGCUUUGUUAUAUACUAACUAGAGCAUUACAAAGAGCCAUUAUUAUGUCCCAUCUUUCUUAUCAGGUAAAAACUCUGUAAACAAUGUGUAGCCACAAACAAAAAUAUAAUAAUUAAAAAUGUUUAUCAUAACCUUAACUUAGUUAUAUCUAUAUCUAGAGAUUUUUUUUUAAAGGUACAGGUAGUUGAAAAUUUUGUUUAAAGCUUGUGUACAGUUAUGACCGCUAGUGUGUGAGGUUGGAUUGCUGUCUUUAGCAUGCAUCAUCCUUGAUAUUUAAAAAAAAAGAAACUCAGGAAAGGAGCAGCACUUUUCUCCAGGGUACAGGUGUCGUGGCUUCAUGGAUUGUAGAUGUUCCAAUGCCAUGUUGCAUUCCAGUGGAUUUUCCCACCAUCACCUUUUUAUUCCAGUGAUUCCACUAAACCAUUCAGGAUCAUUUAACCACAGUAGAGAAUAUUUUAAGCAAUGAUGAGAUUUUAAAACAUGAAAUAAUGUGACUGAAAGUUACUAGUUUACGAUGUUGAUUACAUUAGCGUACUGUUUACAAGUGGAAACAUAUUUGGAUUAGAACCCAUACUAAAAUUGUGUUGCAGCCUUGUGCUCCUUGAGUAACAAGGAAUAAACUAAACUAUACUACAAUUGCUGAGUGUUUGUUUGGUGUCUUAGAGCUGCUUAAUGGCCCAUUUUUGUUGAAGGCACUUGUUGAGAAGGCCACAAAAGCAGAAGCCGGAUUUGCACUCAUGGCUGUGUUGUUGUUUUUUUAAUCACUUACACGGAUUUUCUUGUUUCAUUUUAACUCCUAUUAUGGAUGUGCUUGCUUUUAAGAUUUAGUGUGAUUGGUCAUAAUUAUGUCACACUUGUAAUUGUGGGUGUGAUAUGAAGACUGUUCCUACAAUAUAACAUGCUUGGUCUCUGCAAUAAAUAAAUGCAUGAGGCAGAAAGAAAGUACUGAUAAGUAUAUUUCUGUGCUAAUGUGAUUAAAUUUGAACACUUUGUAGAAUAUGAAUGAUCCAAAGGGUUUAUGUAUUGAAUAAACUGUGCAUGCAGGAUACGAAUAACUAAAUUGUUUGUUGAGGUAUUAUAUAAAAAAGCAUGUGACAUACAAAUUGCUAAAUUGUUUCUUGAGAAAAUGUGAAGAAAUCAAUGUUAUAAAUUCAAGAAAAGAGUGGAAAUUGAAACCACUGUCAUUUUUUUGUUGCUGUUGUUGUUCCAGUGGCAAUAUAUCGGCACUGUAAGUUGAAUUUAGCAGCUGUAUUAUUGACAUCACAGUUUUGUGCAGGCAUCCGCAGCACGUAAAGAAAGUGUUCUGCUUUUGAUUAGUAAGUUCAAAGCUGCAUGUUUUGUUUCGUUUAGAGGUAUUUGCAACAGAUUCAUGAAUGGUUGUAAAGUCUUACCUGGGCUGAUAUUGAUGGUGAUAAUAACACUGGUGAUGGUAGUGGUUGUGCCAACACUUUUCUUCGCCAUCGUUGUCAUGUGCUCAUUGUUACUUAUUCGAUGAUACUUGAAUUAUGUCCUGUUAUUUCUUUUACUCUUAAACUUCUUGGCUAGAAUGGUGUACAAUGUUAAUAAAUAUAUUUUUAACUGUUCCA